AUGCGCAUGGAAGUUCAGCACGUUCCCUGGCCCCUUGCACGCGAGCUGUGCAGCUUCCGAGUCCUGCUCACUGCUCAAAGGCCGCCGAUGGCCGCGGCAGAGGCCGCGGAGGACCCGGGAGGCACCGGGGAGGGCCUCGCAGGCACCCACACCUGGUCCAAGCCGCAGGGCGACAAGCAGCAUGAGAACUUCAGGUAUAACAAUGUUCGAUUCCUGCAAGAGCAGAACAAGGAGGCGACCAAGGCCCUCGACCGAGUCGAGGAGGAGCGCGACGAAGCCUUCGCCGCCAUUGCGCAGUGGGAGGAGAGGCGCCAGCACAUCCAGUUGGAGUAUCAGAAGCUGCAACAGGAGCUGGCGGACACUGAGGAGAAGUGCAACAUCUCCGCCGCCGAGAUCCACAAGCGCGAUGAGCAGAUUCGGGUCCUCUCCGAGCAGAACCGCUCCCUUCUGGAUAUGCUGGAGGAGGAGGAGCGGACCGUGAAGGAGCGGCAGGCGCAGGCUCGCGGAGUGGGGGCCAGUCAGGCAGAUGGGCAAAGGGUCAAGCCAAUUGCCUUCUGGCAGGCCCAAGAUCUCAUGAUCACGCAGGCACCCGCUCGGGCUUCACUGCACUGGGCUUGA